AUGUCCAAGUUGGGACCGAAGUGUCCCGUCCUAACCGGAAAAUCAGUAGGUAAUUACUUGCUGGGUGAAAUGAUCGGCUGUGGUUCGUAUGCCGCCGUGUAUAUAGCCCUUGAAAAGACGAAUGCAAAGAACAAGGUUGCCAUCAAAUGCGUUGAAAUUAGCAAGCUGUCGAAAGCGGCGGUGGAGAACCUUCUCGUGGAGAUAAAAUUCUUGAAACAUCUCAAUCACCCGCACGUCGUUGAGAUGAAGGACUUCUCGUGGGAUAACCAGUUCAUCUACAUCAUCAUGGAAUACUGUAGUGGAGGUGACCUUGCAACACUGGUGCGAGCUCGACGAGGACUUCGGGAGGUUUUAGUUCGCAAAUAUUUGCAGCAGAUGGCAUUUGCACUUCAAUAUUUGAGGAAGAAUAAUGUUUCUCACAUGGAUUUGAAGCCUCAUAACCUACUGUUGAAUACCUCUGCGAGAACCUUGUUGAAGAUAGCUGAUUUUGGUUUUGCUCAACAUCUUUCUGAGGAAGACCGGAAAACAUCGUUGCGGGGUUCCCCUUUGUACAUGGCUCCCGAAAUUUUGUACGGUAUGGCCUACGAUGCAAAAGUUGAUCUGUGGUCGGUCGGUGUGAUCCUGUACGAGAUGAUUUACGGGUCUGCGCCUUAUUCUUCAAAAACUGUGGACGAAAUGCUCGAGAAAGUUCGACAUGCGAGUCCCAUUCCGUUCCCCAAAACGUCUGCACUUGGAGAGAAACUGAGUGAAGAGUGUCUGGAUCUGCUCCCGAAGCUUCUAGAACGUGAUCCCUUGAAUAGGAUAGACUUCUUAGAAUUUUUCGAUCAUCCGUUUGUGGAUUUGCCGAACGCUGUAGGCCCUGAUUCGAUGGAAAAGGCGAAAAUGAGAGCAACUGAGGCAGUCAACUUGGAUAUUUCGGGAUCCGGGGAGGAAGCCGUUCCAAAGUAUCUGGAUGCCAUUCGACAUCUUCGAGCAGCCUUCUUGUAUGAAACAAAUGAAAGUAUUUGCCGAGGAAUUAGGAACAAUAUCCUGAAGUACGGAAAACGCUGCGAGACUCUGACGUGCAUUUCAACCGAUGCCCUCAAAACUGUAACACGAUUACCUCAAACCGACAAUUUGCUUGAACUAGUCAAAUCGACCCCACGACUGGAAGCAGGAGUCAGCAUCGGAGUAGAUGCGGAGUGUUUCGAAGAUGGUGGUCAGCUGGAACAAGCGCUUGAAGCGUAUCAAAAUGCUUUGAGUGUCCUAGUGCCAGUUGUAAAAGCUGAACCAGCUGGAGAACGUCGACAUAUUCUUGGAAAAAAGGUGUCUGAAUGGCUUACGCGUGCCGAGAAAUUGAAAUCGAUUCUGGAAGGAGAAAAAAUGCAGCAUUCUCUCCCAGUUCCCGAUUCACCGGAGACGUCACACGAGCAUCCGAGUCACAUGACGUGGGCCGAAAUGAUCUCGAGAGGUUUGAUUGUGAUGAUUUUGAUGCCACUUGUGGCAUUAGUUGUUAACUGCGCCCUGUGGUACUGGUCGGAAAAUUUGAAUGAUGAAGAAAACGACCCACGCUUGGACGUCAGUUCACCUGAUUUUGACCCUCUCCUAGCCCUUCAGUCAGAGAAUUUGAAUUUGUCUACGGAAGACGUUCGCGUUUUUGACAACAUAAGCGCAUAUGAAACCUAUGUGAAACGAGGAACUGGAAGGUUUCUGAAAUCUGAAGAAAAAGAAGAGAAUGAAAAGCGUAGAGUUGCUCACGAAGAACGUCUUCGUAAAGCCCGUGUAAUCAAAGGACUAGAAGGCGAGAAGAAACCUGAACCGGUGGAAAUUCCCACGACUGGCAGAAGAGCACGUGAAUUCCACAAUGUGCUUUGGAAGAUGGAGAAAACCGCAGCUUCAUCAUCCCCACUCAGUCGCCUCGGUUUCUACAAAGAAGCUCGAAAACGCAUCAAAGUUCGAACGAGGAAUUUUGGCGAAAUACGCUCGGAAUGCACGGGUUUCUUGGAAUUAUUCGAUCGUAAUUGGAAUCUCAUUCUUCGUGACGUGGACGAAGUUUAUCAGCGUCUCGUGACCAGCAGAGACGAGCUAUUCACUGAAGGUACGAAAAUAACGUCCGAAAAGGCAUCACAUGCGAGAUCGAAGAAGAAAACACCGGAACCUAGUGAAGGCCUGUACGCAUCUUGUGUUCGUCAGUUGGAGAACCUUAAUUUGAAUGAAAAGCAAAUCCUCGAAAAUUCUUCCGAAGCUGUGCUUCCCGCCGUGCCUCCAGCGUUUGAAUGGAUAUCCGGGAUGUCGACAAAAUAUGAUCAGUGCCGUGGUAGUCUGGUUGAGCUCAGUGCAGGAGUGAUUAAGUUUGUUUAUUUUAAAACCCCUGUUCGCCUGAAGUUUGCGGUUUCACCUGUUCUCUCUCGAGUCGCUCUGAUCCCGGAUUUUAUGGAUCUGAAUCCGUUUGUCCUGUCGCACGUGGCCGAGUAUGUCGUCGUCGUCGUCGUCGUCGUCGGCGCCUCGCCCCCGGAAAGGCCCUUGUGUUGA